CUCUCUCUCUCUGCUCUCUCAAACACGCAGAUUCACGCACAGGGAGGCUGUAGUAGGCUAGGAAGACAACACUCGUGCGCACUUCUGAAAGGGGGAACACUCGUUCCGCCCCUCAAUAACGCUUUCCUUGUCUUAGACACUUUGCUUUUUUAACUGAAGAAAAACAACAACAACGCUGCCGCAGUAUCAUGACGAACCGGGGCACCCCCGAGCCCUGGGGAUUUUGAGGCCGACCGAAGCACCAUCUCGCACGGUCAAGAAGACCUCGCGUCUCCAUCCCGGUGGUCGGGGGAGACGGAACGUCAAGGAGCCCAGGAGAAACACAUAGCUACGCCAGAGACACCGGACCGCGACCGAAACAGAACGACGGAAAAUGGCAUCGUCAAGUAGCACGUCCCCAGAAGGAGGGACCCCGCCGCACAAGAACCGCAUUCGGCAGUCUGACAGUAACACUAGUUUCCUGCGUGCUGCGAGGGCGGGGAACCUGGACAAGGUUCUGGAGUUCCUGAAAGACGGAGUUGACAUCAGUACCUGUAACCAGAAUGGUCUGAAUGCGCUGCACCUGGCAGCUAAGGAGGGCCAUGAGGACCUGGUGGAAGAACUACUGGAGAGAGGCUCCGCCGUCGACUCUGCUACUAAGAAAGGGAACACAGCCCUCCACAUCGCCUCGCUGGCCGGACAGAAGGAAGUAGCUAGACUGCUGCUGAAGAGAGGAGCCGACAUCAACGCCCAAUCACAGAAUGGCUUCACUCCUCUCUACAUGGCAGCCCAGGAGAAUCACCUGGAGGUGGUCAGAUACCUGCUGGAGAAUGGAGGGAACCAGAGCACUGCUACUGAGGAUGGGUUCACCCCCCUGGCCAUAGCCUUGCAGCAGUGUCAUAACCAGGUGGUCUCUCUCCUCCUGGAGCAUGACACCAAGGGCAAGGUGCGGCUGCCUGCCCUGCACAUCGCUGCCCGGAAGGAUGACACCAAGGCAGCUGCCCUGCUGCUACAGAAUGACCACAACGCUGAUGUUCAGAGCAAGAUGAUGGUUAACAGAACUGCAGAGAAUGGGAAGAGUGGGUUUACCCCCCUGCACAUCGCUGCUCACUAUGGCAACGUGAAUGUCUCCACCCUCCUGCUGAACCGAGGGGCCGCCAUAGACUUCACAGCCAGGAAUGGGAUAACUCCUCUCCAUGUGGCCUCUAAGAGAGGGAACACCAACAUGGUAGCUCUACUGCUGGAUAGAGGAGCUCAGAUAGAUGCCAAGACCAGGGACGGCCUCACUCCUCUACACUGUGCAGCGCGGAGUGGACAUGACCCCGCCAUAGAACUACUGCUGGAGAGAGGAGCACCCAUACUGGCUAGGACCAAGAACGGUCUCUCCCCCCUCCACAUGUCGGCCCAGGGAGACCAUGUGGAGUGUGUCAAACACCUGCUGCAGCACAAGGCGCCUGUUGAUGAUGUCACCCUGGACUACCUGACGGCGCUGCAUGUCGCCGCCCACUGUGGUCACUACAGAGUCACCAAGCUGCUGCUGGACAAGAGGGCUAACCCCAACGUUAGGGCUCUGAAUGGGUUCACUCCGCUGCACAUCGCCUGUAAGAAGAACAGGGUGAAGGUGAUGGAGCUGCUGGUGAAAUACGGAGCCUCUAUCCAGGCCAUCACAGAGUCUGGUCUGACCCCCAUCCAUGUGUCAGCCUUUAUGGGUCAUCUCAACAUGGUGCUGCUGCUGCUGCAGAACGGAGCCUCGCCUGACGUCUGCAACAUCCGUGGUGAGACAGCGUUACACAUGGCGGCCCGUGCUGGUCAGAUAGAGGUGGUUCGAUGUCUCCUGAGGAACGGAGCUCUGGUCGACGCCAUGGCAAGAGAGGACCAGACCCCCCUCCACAUCGCGUCCCGUCUGGGAAAGACAGAGAUCGUCCAGCUGUUGCUGCAGCACAUGGCUCAUCCUGACGCCUCCACUACUAAUGGAUACAGUCCUCUACACAUCGCUGCCAGGGAGGGACAGGUGGAGACCACCGCUGUGUUGUUGGAGGCUGGGGCUUCACACUCACUGGCUACCAAGAAAGGAUUCACUCCUCUACAUGUAUCAGCCAAGUAUGGAAGCCUGGAGGUGGCAAAACUCCUCCUGCAGCGCAAAGCUAUGCCUGACGAUGCCGGCAAGAACGGUCUGACUCCGCUGCACGUGGCAGCUCACUAUGACAACCAGCAGGUGGCGCUGCUGCUGCUGGACAAAGGGGCGUCGCCCCACGCCACCGCCAAGAACGGAUACACCCCACUCCACAUCGCGGCCAAGAAGAACCAGACGUCCAUUGCCUCGUCUCUGCUGCAGUACGGAGCGGAGACCAACGUCCUAACCAAACAGGGGGUCACCCCUCUACACCUGGCCUCACAGGAGGGGCACAGCGAUAUGACCAGCCUGCUGCUGGGCAAGGGGGCACACGUCAACACUCCCACUAAGAGUGGUCUGACACCGCUCCACCUCACGGCCCAGGAGGACAGAGUGAAUGCAGCAGAAGUUCUGGCCAAACGUGAUGCUAACCUGGACCAGCAAACCAAGCUCGGCUACACUCCUCUCAUAGUUGCCUGUCACUAUGGAAACGCAAAGAUGGUCAACUUCCUCUUGCAGCAGGGCGCCGGUGUCAACGCCAAAACCAAGAACGGUUACACACCUCUUCACCAGGCAGCACAGCAGGGCCACACACACAUCAUCAACAUCCUGUUACAGCAUGGAGCAACACCCAACACUACCACUGUGAAUGGGAACACUGCUCUGUCCAUUGCCAGGCGUCUGGGUUACAUAUCUGUCGUUGACACUCUGAAGGUCGUCACAGAAGAGGUCAUCACCACGACAACGACGGUGACAUCAGAGAAACACAAGAUGAAUGUUCCAGAGACGAUGACGGAGAUACUGGACGUUUCCGAUGAGGAGGGUGAGGACACUAUGACAGGUGAUGGAGGAGAGUACCUGAGAGCUGAGGACCUGAGGGAGCUGGGAGACGACUCUCUACCUGGACAAUACCUGGACGGAUUCAACUACAUGAGCCACAACCUGGACAGGUCUCAUCAGACCCCUGUCCACCAGAGAGAUGGAGUCCUAAUUGAAGACAUGAUCACCAGCCACCAGGUGUCGUCUCUGUCCAGAGAGAAUGAGAAGGACUCCUUCAGGCUGAGCUGGGGAGCAGAGCACCUGGACAACGUAGUGCUGUCAUCUAGCCUGCUGCACUCUGGCUUCCUGGUCAGUUUCAUGGUGGACGCCAGGGGCGGGGCCAUGCGUGGUUGCCGUCACAACGGGCUGCGCAUCAUCGUGCCGCCCAGGAAGUGUUCCGCUCCGACGCGGGUGACGUGCCGCCUGGUGAAGAGGCACCGCCUGGCGUCCAUGCCCCCCAUGGUGGAGGGAGAGGGGCUGGCAGGACGCAUCAUUGAGGUCGGCCCCACCGGGGCACAGUUCCUCGGGCCGGUGAUUGUGGAGAUCCCUCACUUCGCGGCCCUGCGGGCGGAGCGGGAGCUGGUGAUUCUGAGGAGUGAGAUGGGGGAGAGCUGGAGGGAACAUCACUGUGAACACACUGAGGAGGAACUCAACCAAAUACUGAACGGCAUGGACGAGGAGCUGGACUCUCCUGAGGAGCUGGAGAAGAAGAGGAUUUGCCGUAUUGUUACCAGGGACUUCCCACAAUACUUUGCGGUGGUGUCGCGCAUCAAGCAGGACAGCCAACUGAUUGGUCCUGAGGGAGGGGUGUUGAGCAGUACUCUGGUACCUCAGGUCCAGGCUGUGUUCCCAGUGGGAGCUCUCACUAAGAAGAUCAGGGUUGGACUACAGGCCCAGCCAAUCAGCGUAGACCUGGUAAAGAGAAUUCUGGGUAACAAGGCUACGUUUAGCCCCAUCGUUACCUUGGAGCCCAGGAGGCGGAAGUUCCACAAGCCAAUCACCAUGACGAUCCCUGUCCCCAAGAGCUCGACCAAUGACGGGACAGCCAACGUGUUUGGAGGAGACACGCCCACUCUGCGUCUGCUCUGCAGUAUCACUGGUGGAACCACUCCUGCCCAAUGGGAGGACAUCACUGGCUCCACCCCCCUCACCUUCAUCAACCAAUGUGUGUCCUUCACCACCAACGUCUCAGCAAGGUUCUGGCUGAUAGACUGUCGUCAGACCCAGGAGGCUGUGAGUUUCUCUACCCAGCUGUACAGAGAGAUCAUCUGUGUCCCCUACAUGGCCAAGUUCGUCAUCUUCGCCAAGACGCUGGACCCCAUCGAGGCCCGCCUACGCUGCUUCUGCAUGACGGACGACAAGAUGGACAAGACACUGGAACAGCAAGAGAACUUCACAGAGGUGGCCCGGAGUAGAGACGUAGAGGUAUUGGAAGGGAAGCCUAUCUUUGCUGACUGUUUUGGGAACCUGGUUCCUCUGACCAAGAGUGGACAGCAUCACGUCUUCAGCUUCUACGCAUUCAAAGAGAACCGUCUCGCACUCUUCAUCAAGAUUCGUGACUGCGCCCAGGAGCCGUGUGGCAGACUGUCCUUCACCAAGGAGCCCCGCACCUACCGUAGUCUUACCCACAAGGCAAUCUGCAACCUGAACAUCACGCUGCCCACCUACUGCAAGGAGUCUGAUUCAGACCUAGACGCAGAUGACGAGAGUGACAAGAGUGACAAGAAAUACGACGAGACGGAGUCGACAGAGACUUACACGCUGCCGACCAAUCAGGUGCUAGACCCAGCCAUGCUGGCCAGCCCUGACCUCCUCUCAGAGGUCUCCGAUAUGAAACACGACCUCAUCAAGAUGUCCGCCAUCUUGACGACAGCGCAAACUGAACACCCAAGCUCUUCGGAUAGAGGAAGAGGGGGAGGAGGAAGAGGAGGAAGGACAGGGAUGGAGGAGGAACCCGGGGAGCCGUUUGAGAUCAUGGAACAGGUGAAAGAGGAUCUGGAGAAGGUUGGAGAUAUUUUACGAGGGGGAGAUACUGGAUUCACAAACAACAAAGAGAAGGUACUGCAGAUGUCCAAAAUGGAGGACGAGGAGUGGGUUCUUCUCUCUCAGACUAAAGCCAAAGCCAUGACUCCCUCUGAUGUUCAGGAGCCGGUACUACAAGAAGUUAGCAUUCAGAGGAAGACUUCUUCCACAAUAACCAAAGAGGUUAGAGAUAUGUCAGGUACGGUAUCUCACCUCAGUGGAGGCAUGAACCAGCACCUAGAAGAGACAUCUGGCGUAACCAGUUGCCCACUGCAGGACAGCAUAGUCCAGGAGAGAUUAGAUGAGGUCGUUCUGAAGCGGGAAGGCAAACGCCAUCCUCCUGAGAUCAAAAAGCCAAUCAGGAAGAAGUUGAGGGACAGGGAACGUUCUGGAUGCAGCAGUUCCGAGGGUGAGCUGGAAAGGAUGAGCUCUGAGGAGUCCCUUGAUGGAGAUGUUGUUCUGGGGGAGCCGAGGCCGGGAGUGGUUCCCGGGUCUGAGCCUGUAGUGGUUCCCUGGUCUAUGCCUGGAGUGGUGUCUGGGUCUGAGCCUGGAGUGGUGUCUGGGUCUGGACCUGGAGUGGUGUCUGGGUCUGGACCUGGAGUGGUGUCUGGGUCUGAGCCUGGAGUGGUGUCUGGGUCUGAGCCUGUAGUGGUGUCUGGGUCUGGACCUGGAGUGGAGCCCGGGACUGAGUUAAAACCGUCUGCAACCCUGGAUUGGGAUGUCGUACUGGGGGUGUCUGGGCUCGGGUCUGGGUCUGAGACUUGGUCUGGGCCUUCUGGACCAACCCCAGCCAUGGAGCCCCCAGUGUCGCCCCUGGUCGUGGAAACCCCAAUCGGUUCCAUAAAGGACAGAGUGAGAGCUCUGCAAAAGAAGGUUGAGGAAGAGGGGGAGGAUGGCCGUAAGCGAAAGCCUGCGCAGGCGCCAGUCCCUCAGAAUACAACUUUCAUCACCAUCACUAAGGAGACGGGUGAGCCCCAGAUGCCAGAUCUUCCCAAGCUUCCCAGAUCUCCGAAAUCCCCCGGUCUCAGACGGAGAGGCUGGAGGAGACAAUACAGGGCUCUACCAGAGGACGGAGGGAUCGUCCUAGACAGGGCUCAAACAGAGGACGGAGGGAUCCUCCUAGACAGGUCUCUACCAGAGGACGGAGGGAUCCUCCUAGAUAGGGCUCUACCAGAGGAUGGAGGGAUUCUCCUAGACGGGGCUCUACCAGAUGACGGAGGGAUCCUUCUAGACAGAUCUCUACCAGAGGAUGGCGGGAUCCCGCUAGACAGGGCUCUACCAGAGGACGGAGGGAUCAUCCUAGAUAGGGCUCUACCAGAGUAUGGAGGGAUGCCUCUAGACAGGGCUCUACCAGAGGACGGAUGGAGCAGCCCAGAGAUGAUGCAGCUGGAGGAGCCAGAGAUGGGACUAGACAGGAGGUCUUCUAUAGAGAUGAUGCAGCUGGAGGAACCAGAGAUGGGACCAGACAGGAAGUCUUCUAUAGAGAUGCAGAUCAGCCCGGACAGGAAACCCUCUGAGGAUUUUAGCGCUGACAUCAAGGCCGAGCUGGAGGACAGUCCAGAGUACCAGCUGUUCAGACAGACCUCGUUCACAGGGGACGACAACCACCCCCAGGCUGAAGCAGCUGAGGAGGAGCUCCCACCAGACCACCCGAACGACACCCCAACCUUCAUGUUCAACCCCUGUAUGCAUGACGACAGGCGGGAUGAGUUAUUCACUAAGGCUGAGAACCUGGUGGGGAAUGAAAGCCCUGAGUUUGACCUGCCCACAGUUUAUAAAGAGACAGAGAGAAUGGAUGGGAUGAAAGUACUAGGAAACGUGAUUCAUGGUGAUGAAGAAAUCUUUCCGGAAACUGAAGAUUUAGUUGUAGAAACCAAAUCAGUGACUCCAUCCCCUGUUCGGGAACCGCUGUUACAAGAAGUCAUGAUCCAACGGAAGACCUCCCCCAGACCGGUUACAGUGGUGAGAGAUAUGUCAGGGAUGGAGUCACUCCUCAGGGGAGAUAUGGAUCACUACCUAGAACAGAGACCAUCACCUGUCUGUGGCGCUGAAGUGAUGACAGUUCAGGAACCAAUGUUACAAGAAGUCAGGAUGGAAAGGAAAACCUCCCCCAGACCGGUUACAGAGGUGAGAGAUAUGUCAGGAAUGGAGUCACUCCUCAGGGAAGAUAUUGAUCACUACUUAGAACAGAGAUGUAUGGUAAUCAGUGGUUCACCAAAGGAUGACAUCAUCCAACAACAGAGUUUCAAACAGACAAUCCUGACCAGGGAUGACAAGCAACAAUCACUUAUUUUCUCCAGAAAGGAGGUGGACAUGUCUAUAGAAGAUACAGAGACAGAAAAAGAAGACUGGUGGAAAGUGCAAGACAUGGAUGAUGGUGGCGCUCGGGGUGCCGAAUCGAUAAUCUUGAACCCAGUUCAGGAACCGAUGUUACAAGAAGUCAUGAUCGAAAGGAAGAUAUCCCCCAGACCAGCUGUAGGAGUUAAAGAUACGUCAGGCAUGGAGGCACUCCUCAAUGGAGAUUUAGAACAGUACCUAGAAGACAGACCUGUAGAUCUCAGUGGUCUACCGGAGGAUGACAUCGUACAAGAGAGAUUUGAACAGGUUGUGAUUACACGGGACAGCAAACGGGAAACCAACACGUUCUCCACUGAGCAGGCAGACCGGUCCGCAGCAGAUAAAGUGACAGAACGAGAUGUUGUUAAUGUAGUGCAAGUAGGAGCCAUGGAGGACGAUGUCAUCUACAGUGAUAAAGACUUCAUGCAGAGUUGUUCAGCUGGGGGUGAAGCAUCAGAAAGUUCAGCUACUACAGUAAUACGUUCAAGAGACUCAAAGAAGGUGACCUUUGACCUUCAAAGGACGUUUGAUUCAGUGCUCCCCGCUCAAGCCUCUGAAGAGGACGACCAGGUCCCUGUUGAGACAAGACCCAUCUUAGAGGACUGGGAUGAUUUAGAGAUAAAACCAUCGUACCACAAAACUAUAGAACUUUCAUACUCAAACCUAAACAUGCAAGACUCAAUUUCAGCAGACAGAAUUGCUCCUGAAUCUAGUUGGGUCGCACCAGAGCUCCAUGAAAGGGAUUCAGCUGAUCAUGGAGUGGUGCACAGCCCAGACAGUGUGGAUCAGGCCCUCAGACCUGCAGACUUAGAGGUCCUCUUUCCUUUGGCCCUGGGCCACCCAGAGAGACGACUCUCCCAUGGGGAUUCUCUGGAGACCAGUCCUGUCAUGGAUGAAGGUUCCUCCAGGAAGUCCCCUGACUCUAUAGAGCCAAGCUCAACCGGGGACUCCCCCUGCCUUGACUCACUGGAGAGCAGCCCCACUGAACCGAAACAAGACACAGGCUUUCAGGCGACAAAGAAGACAGCUGUUUAUGAAGACUACUUCUCUCAGCUUAGAGCUUGUCUCGGUGAGGAGCACGUCAGCAACAUUGAGAAUGAGGAUUACUCCAAACGGACCUAUCAAAUGGAUGGUGAGUGCGAGGGUCCCCUCCCAUUGAAGGGGGGAGAUCCUGAGUGGCUCUCCAUGCCCAUAAAUCUGAGCUCAAACCCUGAGGAUGAUAUGGACGACGUGGAUGCAGAGGGUAGCGAGACCGGCCAGAGACAGUUCACACCAGAGGAGGAGAUGUUCAAAAUGGCCGCCAAGAUCAAAACCUUUGAGGAGAUGGAGCAGGACGUCAAAACGAAGACAGACGGGAAACCCUCAGAUGGCUCUGUGUUAUCAGACUCUGAGGAUUAUGAAGAAUGUCAGUCGAUCGUUGACCUGAUGGACAGGGAGGCAAAAUCAACUGAGUCCAAAAUCGACACCGAUACACUUCAGUCUGAAAUUGAAACUGUGGCUGAAAUCCAACCCUCAGUCCCUGGUGCAGUAACUGAGUUGGAUAGUUCAGUUGACUGUGACGCUCACCUAGCAUACAGUGCCUCAGGCCAUUCACCAUCAGGAAGACAGGUUUCUGAGCACCUCGAAUAUCGUUCACUAAGCACUGAAAAAGAACACUAUACCACAGAGAAUAUCAGUGAAAAUGUCAGUGAACGUACUGAGCAGAAAGAGGAGAUAGAUGUAAUAUCAGCUAUGCAAGCCCACGAGGAGGAGAUGGAUCAGUCACAGUUGAGUGUCAGUCAGUCUGGUGAAAGUCUGUCAGUCAAACCAGAGGAGUUAUGCACCAGUGAUGAAAGCUUCAAGGAGGUGGAGGAUGCGGAUGGUAAGGCAGCCAUGUUGGAAAUGCAUCCCAAAGACAUGCCUGUUCAGGGAGAGCUGGUCCCAUGGAGUGCCAUGCCAGACGACAACGAGGGUGACAAUGACGACGAAGCCUUCGACGCACGUGUGGAGGUGGAGGAACGAAGGAUUAUGGGUCUCGUGGAAGACCGCCGUACCCCUGACACCACACCGGGUCGCACACCAACCGAGGGGGGCACCCCCAACCCCUUCCAGUUCCAGGAAGGGAAGUUCUUUGAGAUGACCAGAGGGGGCGCUAUCGACAUGACAAGGAGGAGCGUUGAAGAGGAGGGCGAGGGCUUUGCCUUCUUUCACAUAGGAGAACACCCAGUUGACAAGGUCAUGUUCGAGGACACUGGAGAUUACGUUGGCCCCAAUGUUUUCAGAACAGAACAGACUGUUGCCGUUGCUGAUCUACACCUCCAGGAGGUGGACCAAACCAAAGAUGAUUCUGACUCCUCCUUCCAGACUAUACCAUUACCUGAGGCUGAUCAGAGGGGGAAACCAGUGGCCAAACCCAGGAGCUCCAUCAAAAUGGAGCCAAAAGCUGAAACGUUCCCCCUGCUAGAAGCUAAGAUGGGAAGCUUCUUAGAGGUAGGUUCUCCAGACCCGACUAUAGCUGACCUCCAGAUGUUUACCACCGCUACUACUGUCACCCGCUCUGUGUACUCUGAACAGGUCCACCAGUCAUCCGACUCAUCCCUUGAGGAUGAAGAAGAAGAGGAAGAGGAGCAGUGCUCUAUCAUUGAGAUGCCCGCUGGCUAUAAUGACUCGGUGGCGCCCCCUAGUGUCCUACACGGGUAUGACACCUCAGCAGGGUCUGAAACCUCAGUGGUGCCCCCUAGUGUCCUUCAAGGGUAUGACACCUCAGUAGGGUCUGACACCUCAGUGGCACCCACUAGUGUCCUGGCAGGGUCUGACAUCUCAGUGGCAUCCCCUAGUGUCCUGGCAAUGUCCUACACCUCAGCAGACACUGUGGCUAAGGUUGAAAGCGGUUUCAAAUCAAAGAUACCCAUCAAAGCUGGUUCAGUGAAAUCAGACCUGGGCCUUGAGCAGAAAUCAACAGUGGAGGAAUCUCUUGUUCAGGACCGGAGGACGAGGUCCGAGGAGGAUUUUGAAGCCGGGAAGAAAAUCUUAACUGACAAAGACAGCAGGAGUCACUCCGACAGCGACCAUCCUACAACUAAAUCCAAACCUCUCACCUCCAGACUCCCUGUCAUGGGCAAACACAAACCCACAGCCCACUCCUCCUCCUCUUUCCAGCCCGACAGAGACCAGGGCUCUGACAUACGAGACCCUUCCCUCCGAUCCUCUCUGGAUGUCGACGACAUCAGUAGCAGCGGUGAUCACAACAGUCCAGAUUCUGUUAUCUUCAAGUAUGACAGACCAACGCCUCGCAGAUCUGCCCCAGACACGAGGGCUUUGUCGACUCAGACACGGGUUCGAGCUUCCUCGGUGACGGGGGAGGUGUUUGAGUCGAGACCCAUCUGGGAAGACUCAGUGGAGACUCAGAUGCAGCGAAUCUGGGCUGAUCGGACCCCGGAGCUGCAGCAAGUGGAUUGGCACGACGAUGCAGACAGGAAAGAGGAGACGUUGGCUAUCAUUGCAGACCUGCUGGGGUUCAGCUGGACAGAGCUGGCGAGGGAGCUGGAGUUCAACGAGGAUGAGAUUCAGGAAGUGAGGACAGAGAACCCUAACUCCUUACAGGAGCAGAGCCACGCCCUGCUGCAGCGCUGGGCUGAGAGAGAGGGAAAACACGCCACUGAGGACAGCCUGAUAAAGAGGCUGACGAAGAUCAACCGGAUGGACAUCGUCCACCUGAUAGAGACCCAGAUGAACAAGUCAGCGCAGGAGCAGACGUCCAGGACCUACGCAGAGAUAGAGAAGACUCUGGACCAGAGUGAAGUGUCUGUAGCCCUGUCCUCAGUGCAGGAGGACGUAGACAGCCUCAGACUGGUGAGGAGGGUGGACUCUUCCCCCAGACCGCCCCCAGCCGUCUCAGAGGAGGACCUAUCAGUAGCCUCCCUCCUGGACAUUCCUUCCUGGGCGGAGCCUAUGGGCCACACCCACUCAGAGAGCAUGCACGGACUAUUGGAGGACCUGGAGAUCACAACUACCAAACCAGAGACCAGCCUCAGGACCAGCGCAGCAGAGGUAGCAGUGGCCUGCUCCACCCUCAAGUGGGCGCCACUGGGCUUCUGCCAGCUGGUGUUGACCAGAUGUCCCCACCGGGGGCGAGGCGAGGUUGAGCAUGAGUGCUGGCUGUCACCGGAACAGCUCAGGAUAUCGUCUCCCAUAGUGAUCAGAGACUUUGGUCUGAGUCUGUCAGAGUCUGAGCAGGCAGAGACAGACUUCAGAGAACUCUGUGUUGGGUUUAGGGAGAUGCCACUGGACAGACCCUAUGUCUCCACCUCAUCCUCCACCUCCUCCAUUACCCUGAACCCUAAAACCAAAGCCAGGUUGUCCAGAGAGGCCAGCACAGAAAUCUAUGACCACAGUAAUUUAGCUGAGUCUGACUGUAGCAACGCGUGUUCGCCUGAGAACAGUAGCCAGGCUUGUUCACCUCAGGACUGUUGCCAUGGUCCGGCAAGUCUGGCCGUGGCUGAGGAGGCUGACCAGAGAACAGUGGCUGAGGAGGCUGACCAGAGAACAGUCAUCUCUGAAAAGCACAUAGAAGAGAUAACGGCUCGUUUCUACCAGGCCAUGUAUGGCUCAGACGAAAUCCUGCAGGUCACUGAGAUGGUCCCCAGGUCCGAAGACCGGCAAGAGAAACGGCUGGAGCUGGCAGCUCUCAGAAGGAACCAAUCACAGAUGGAGACACAGCUUUCGUUUAUUGACGAGCCAGGAGAGGGUUGUGCCAUGGCUCACUACAGCAUGGUAGAGCAAACCAACGUCCAAAAGGGCAUUGUUCGGCCGAAGCAAAGUCCACCAACCAGCGAGUUCACUCCGAUGACACGCGACUCACCUGACAGGCACCCUAGCUUUAUCACCGUCCGACCAGAACCCGAUGACGUCAUAUACCUGAGUAUGACACACCUGUACCUGAUACACCUGUACCUGACACACCUGUACCUGAUACACCUGUACCUGACACACCUGUACCUGACACACCUGUACCUGACACACCAGUACCUGAGACACCUGUGA